AUGGCAAAGAAAAUAACAGUCGUGGUACCAAUAGAAAAUGGAGAACCUCUAGGAGCGAUACCGGAUGAAAAACUCGUUAUCAACAGCGUGCAACCAGGAACAAUCGCCGAUGGAAAACUUAAGGUUUAUAAUAUUGCAUUAGGCAAAAUUGAUGAUCCAAAAUCGCUGAUUGUUUUAAAGGUUGGCGAUCAAAUCCUGAAGCUAAACAAUACAGAUAUCAAAGGCCUUAACCAUUUCUUUCACUUGUUACGUUUCGCACCACCGUCCGCUGAAUUAUUAAUUUUGCGCGACGAGAAAAAAGCUGAAGAACUUGCUGCAAAAAUUAAUAUUCCAACGGAGCGAACUAAAUAUAUUACUCAUUUUCAAAAUCGCGUCCUCGUUUCACGAUGUGAGGCAAAUUCGCUAUCUGCUGGAUGCCUUAAAGUCGGUGAUCACAUAAUUGAUGUCGAUGGUCAGCCCGUGUCAAAUAAAAAAGUUUGCCGAGAUUUACUUUUAAUUCGAAACUUUGUGACUUUGGUUGUGGAACGGCCGGAAUCGAUGGAAGCCAAAUAUUGGGUACAGAAUGCUUUAACUGCUUCUACACUGCCAUCAGUUUCCAUGAGUAGUGAUGUUCAAGAAAUUGCAGCAAGACAACGCGAAAAAAUGAAAAUGAACCUUAAAGUAAGACUCGCUCCACCGGCUUGUCGCACUAGACAAAUAUUUGAAAUGUUCUUACCAAUUAGUAAUUAA